GAAAAACACACAGUACUUUCCUGACGUCACGAAUGACACGUAUUCAAAAUGGCGGCCGCGGUUAUGGAGACGUGGUGGGCCUUGCUGCUGCUGUCCUUGUUGCCUAUAGUGCGGCCCUUCUAUGUUCCUGGAGUCGCUCCCCGAGACUUCCAUGAGGGUGAAACAGUAGAUAUUAAGGCAGUGAAGCUGACCAGCUCCCGAACCCAACUUCCUUAUGAAUACUACUCCCUGCCUUACUGUAUGCCAGAUUCUGUUUUCUACAAGGGAGAGAACCUGGGUGAGGUGUUACGUGGGGACCGUAUUGUGAAUACCCUCUACAAUGUAGAGAUGAAUAAGGACAAGAAAUGUGAGAUGGUGUGCAACAAGAAAAAGCUCAGCAUAGAAGAGAGCAAGCUGGUUGCUGAGCGAAUACAGGAAGAGUAUUAUGUUCACCUUAUUGCAGAUAACCUGCCAGUUGCCACCAGAUUAGAGUUUUACCCCAACAGAGAGGCAGGAGGAGAAGAGGAGCAGAGGAAAGACGUUGUGAAAGAUAUACAGUUUGAACAUGGCUACAGACUGGGCUUUGUUGACAACAACAAGUUUUAUCUGCACAACCACUUGUCCUUCAUCCUGUACUUUCACAGGGAGAAGCUGGAGCAGGGAGAAAUCCACGACUACAGGGUGGUGCGAUUUGAGGUCGUACCCCAAAGUGUAAAAGUAGAUGAUCUGAAGGCUGUGGAAAAAGACAAGACUUGCACCUUGCCUGAGGCCAGUGGCUCUGCCCCUCAGGAGAUUGAUCCAAACAAGGAGAAUGAGGUCCUCUUCACCUACUCUGUUCACUGGGAGGAGAGCGAGGUGAAGUGGGCGUCUCGAUGGGACACGUACCUGACCAUGAGCGAUGUCCAGAUUCACUGGUUCUCCAUUGUCAACUCUGUGGUAGUUGUCUUCUUCCUGUCUGGUAUUCUCAGUAUGAUCAUUAUCAGGACCUUACGGAAGGACAUCGCUAACUACAACAGAGAGGAUGACAUAGAGGACACCAUGGAGGAAUCAGGAUGGAAAAACGUCCAUGGUGACGUCUUCAGGCCGCCUCAGUAUCCCAUGAUCCUCAGCUCCCUGCUGGGCUCAGGGAUUCAGCUCUUUUGCAUGAUCCUCAUUGUCAUCUUUGUUGCCAUGUUGGGCAUGUUGUCUCCGUCCAGUAGAGGAGCCUUGAUGACUACUGCAUGCUUCCUGUUCAUGUUCAUGGGUGUAUUUGGUGGCUACUUUGCUGGCAGACUGUACCGCACGCUGAAAGGCCAUCGGUGGAGGAAAGGAGCAUUUUGUACAGCAACUUUGUAUCCUGCAGUGGUUUUUGGAAUCUGCUUCAUCCUCAACUGUUUCAUCUGGGGGGAACAUUCCUCUGGGGCGGUUCCCUUCACAACAAUGUUGGCCCUGCUGUGUAUGUGGUUCGGUAUCUCCAUGCCCUUGGUCUACCUGGGCUACUACUUUGGUUUCCGCAAGCAGCCAUAUGACAACCCCGUACGCACCAACCAGAUCCCUCGGCAGGUCCCCGAGCAGCGCUGGUACAUGAACAAGUUUGUAGGAAUCCUGAUGGCUGGGAUCCUGCCAUUUGGUGCCAUGUUCAUUGAGCUCUUCUUCAUUUUUAGCGCCAUCUGGGAGAAUCAGUUCUAUUACCUCUUUGGCUUCCUGUUUCUGGUCUUCAUCAUCUUGGUGGUCUCCUGCUCUCAGAUCAGCAUCGUCAUGGUUUAUUUCCAGCUGUGUGCAGAGGACUACAGGUGGUGGUGGAGAACUUUCCUGGUGUCAGGAGGCUCAGCAUUCUACGUCCUUAUUUACGCUAUCUUCUAUUUUGUCAAUAAGCUGGACAUUGUUGAGUUCAUCCCCUCCCUCUUGUACUUCGGCUACACGACUCUGAUGGUCCUGUCGUUCUGGCUGCUAACAGGCACAAUUGGUUUCUAUGCAGCCUACAUGUUCAUCAGGAAAAUCUACGCCGCAGUCAAGAUCGACUGAGUCAUUGUCGCUGCUGUUCUUGUUGUUUUUCAUCACAUUCUUUUUUUUUUUUUUUUUUUUUUAAUAUAUAUAUUUUUUACUCUUUAUGUCCAACAAGCACUGGCUUGAGUGUCGGGGGGGAUUUUUACAGUGCAACAGCCCACCCACUGGCCUCAUGAGGACGAACAGCAAGUGUCUUUCUCCCCCUCCCCCUCGCCUCUUCCCCCCCUCCUCUUACCAGGACAGAGACACAGGGGUAGUUUUCCUCUGAUGGGACAGUUUAUGUCUUCUGCUGUUUCAUCUUGCACACAACACAGUGGGCCAAAGCUUGUCAAACAACGGUUUCUGCACAUUUUGUCUUUUCAUUUAUGUUUUGAGUCUAACUUAUCCAGGUUUUCAUUUUUGUCAUCACAAGAUUUAUUUCGGACUUAAUUUCUCUUGAUCACACUUCUUGGGAGAUUUUUUUUUUCAUCUUAUUUCCUUUCAGAAAUUUUGCCUUUACUCUUUUCAUUGUCUCUGUUUUCAAAUGUCACUUUUGUUUCAUUUCAGAGACUUUACAGAUCAGGGAAGGACUGGGGAGUCUAACUGUGGCUAUGGUGUUAAGUUUGUUUUGUUAACUGAUAUGGGUGAAAUUAUGCUGGAAAGCUCUACAUUGUAACACAAGAAAGGAUAAAUUAAAUGUUCUAUGAUUUUUUA